GGACCAGUUCCCUUUUCUUUCCGCCUGUCCUCUCCGCCCAAAAAAAAACCGCCAGAUCCAGUAUAGAUCCAUCGGCACCACGCUCAAAGCAGUAUCUCCACCACUCGUUGCCUUUUCCAGCGCCGUGUGAUACAAGUCGACGACGAUUGGAUUCGGAUUAGGAUUGGCAUUGGCAUUUUAUGGUUGCUGUCGCAGUUGCAACCGCAGACGCUCAACAUGGCCGACAUCACCGACCAGCACGAUCAGACGUCGCCCACGGAGCUCGACGACGCGCACUCGGUGGGCAAUGGCAACGCGAACGAGGGCCGCGGCGUCAAGCGACCGCGCCCAGCUGCCGACGACGACGACGACGAUGACGAGAAGGGCGGCCGCGAGCGUCGCAAGAUUGAGAUCAAGUUCAUCAGCGACAAGUCUCGCCGCCACAUCACCUUUUCCAAGCGCAAGGCCGGCAUCAUGAAGAAGGCGUACGAAUUGUCCGUCUUGACAGGCACCCAGGUUCUGCUGCUGGUCGUGUCUGAGACGGGACUGGUUUACACCUUCACCACGCCCAAGCUUCAGCCGCUCGUCACCAAGGCUGAGGGCAAGAAUUUGAUCCAGGCAUGCCUCAACGCACCUGAGCCCACGACGGGCAGCGAAAACGGUGUCGACGGCGGCGACCAGGUCGAUUCUCCUGAGGAGCCUCCCAGUCAUCUCCCACCACAGGGCGGCCGUCCAGGCAUGCCUCAAAACCCACACAUGGGCCCCGGAGGCUAUAUGCCCCCAAAUAUGCCCAUGGAUCCCCAGCAGGCUUUGGCCUACCAGAGCUAUGUGCAGCGCAACCAAGGCUACGGCUCUGGCAUGCCUCCACAGCCAGGAAUGCCCCCAAGCUCUCAUCAUCAGUCAUGAGCAGUAUCAUAAAAAAAGAACUCUUGGGGAACAAGAUAAAGACUGAAACCGUUAAUACCCUGCUUUCAACAAUCUUUGGAGGUGUUGUUCGCGGGCCUUGAUCCGUCUCCAGGAUGUUGCCGUCACAUUUAUGCGAGGGUUCCGAUUCGGCGUUGAUGAUGUUGAUAUGUUUUUCAUAUCCUUUUUUAUCAUAUUGUGCUUUGCCCCGUUUCCUUUUUUAUUAUUUUUUUUCUCAUUGAAUUUUUUCUCUC